AUGGGCCCACUAGAAAAAUUUGUGAUGAAGCUGAAGUACCUUGAAAUCUUGAAUCAUAUCACAACAACAAAAGAAAAGUUUCAAGAGUUGAGGGAGAAUGGUUGGGAGAGCUUAUUUGCAACUGUGGUAUCAUUCUAUAAAGACCAAGGCAUUGAUGUGCCUGAUAUGAAUGCGCCUCACAAGAAGGGUACCGAUCGUCCUAGCCAACAUAGGGAUGUUAUUACAAUAGAACAUUACUAUCAUUUUGAUAUAGUGAAUGUUGUGAUUGAUAAACAGUUGGCAGAGUUAGAUGAUCGAUUUCCAGAGCAAUCCAAGGAACUCCUUAUUCUUAGUGCAUCCUUAGAUCCUCGUGAUGGCUUUAAAUCUUUCAAAGAAGAUGAUAUUUGCAGCCUUGCUAAAAAGUUCUAUCCCCAAGAUUUUACUUCUUCUGAGUUGCACGCUUUGAAUUUGCAAUUGGCAUUUUAUGGUGAAGUUAUUCGUCAACAUCCUGAUCUUUCUGAUUUAUGUGUGAAGUUGGUUAAAACAAGAUUAGCAGAAGACUACCACUUGAUUCUUAGACUGGUUCGUUUGGUAUUAACUCUUCUGGUCUUUACAUCAACAACUGAACGAGCAUUUUCAGCUUUGAGAAUUAUUAAAAAUCGACUUCGGAGCAAAAUAAAAGAAGAAUUCUUUGAUGACUGCAUGAUAGUUCACAAUUGA